AUGCAGUGUUUCUGUGGUGGUUUUGUACAUAAGAUUUGCUAUGCAAUUCCAAAACUAAAAGAGGAAGAGAGACGGCCCUGUGUCCCAGAGCAAAACGAAUCAGAGGUGAAAGGAGAAACUAUGACUUGGAACGACACCACUAUGGAUGGGGAAGGGUUGCUGGUGGAAAGGGACUCUUCCUUUCGGAUCCUCACAGGCUGCUUCCUAUCACUGCUGAUCCUCUCCACGCUGCUUGGAAACACGCUAGUCUGCGCAGCUGUCAUUAGGUUUCGCCACCUCAGGUCCAAGGUGACCAACUUCUUUGUCAUCUCCUUGGCCGUGUCAGACCUCCUAGUGGCAGUUUUGGUCAUGCCUUGGAAAGCUGUGGCUGAGAUAGCUGGUUUCUGGCCUUUUGGUUCAUUUUGCAACAUCUGGGUGGCCUUUGAUAUUAUGUGUUCAACAGCCUCCAUCUUAAAUCUCUGUGUCAUUAGUGUGGACAGAUACUGGGCCAUCUCCAGCCCAUUUAGGUACGAGAGGAAAAUGACCCCCAAGGCAGCCUUCAUCAUGAUCAGCGUGGCGUGGACUUUGUCUGUUUUGAUUUCCUUCAUCCCUGUGCAGCUGAACUGGCACAAGGCUACAACCACAAGCUUUUUGGACCUAAAUGCCAGCGUAGAAAGUGUAAGCACGGACAACUGUGAUUCUAGCCUGAACAGGAUGUAUGCUAUCUCCUCUUCUCUAAUUAGCUUCUAUAUACCUGUGGCCAUCAUGAUAGUGACUUACACAAGGAUAUACAGAAUUGCUCAAAAGCAAAUACGACGCAUCUCAGCUUUGGAGAGAGCAGCAGUGCAUGCCAAGAACUGCCAGAACACGAGUGGCAACAGAAGCAGUAUGGACUGCCAGCAACCAGAGAGCAACUUCAAAAUGUCCUUCAAGAGGGAAACAAAGGUUUUAAAGACUUUGUCAGUGAUCAUGGGGGUGUUUGUGUGCUGCUGGUUGCCAUUUUUUGUAUUGAACUGCAUGAUUCCCUUUUGUGAGCCUACCCAACCAUCCAAGGGAGCAGAAGCUUUCUGCAUUGAUUCUACCACCUUUGAUGUUUUUGUUUGGUUUGGAUGGGCUAAUUCUUCCCUCAACCCCAUCAUUUAUGCCUUCAAUGCUGAUUUCCGCAAGGCAUUUUCGACCCUGCUAGGAUGCUACAGGCUCUGCCCUAUGUCCGGCAAUGCUAUCGAGACUGUUAGUAUUAACAAUAAUGGAGCAGUUGUUUUUUCGAGCCAACAUGAGCCCAAAGGAUCCAGCCCCAAAGAGUCUAAUCUGGUUUAUCUGAUUCCACAUGCAAUCAUCUGUCCAGAAGAAGAACCUCUCAAAAAGGAAGAAGAGGGUGAACUGUCUAAGACCUUGGAGAAAAUGUCUCCAGCACUGUCGGGUAUCUUGGAUUAUGAAACUGAUGUUUCAUUAGAGAAGAUUAAUCCCAUUACACAAAAUGGACAGCAUAAAACCUGA